UCUCUCUCUCUCUAUCUAUCUUGAGGUUAUUUUGCACUUCCUCCCCUCUUUCCUCCUUCCCGAAAUGAACACGAGACACGUUGAGCUUCUCCAUCUCUCCCACCAACCCUAGUAAUCCCCCACUUUAUCCACAAACCAAUCCAACCCAUAAUUGAUCUCUAUAUCAAUCAGUGAGAGAGAGAUAGCAGAGAGAGAGAGAGAGAGAGAGAUCAUGAGAGACCCAGGUCCAGCUUCAGCUUCAAGGGGCAAGGGCACGGGUACAACAACGCCAUGUUGCAGCAAGGUGGGGAUAAAGAGAGGGCCAUGGACGCCGGAGGAAGACGAGGUCCUCGCCGGCUUCGUGAGGAGGGAAGGCGAGGGACAGUGGCGCACCCUCCCGAAGCGCGCUGGCCUCCAGCGCUGCGGCAAGAGCUGCCGCCUCCGCUGGAUGAACUACCUCCGCCCCUCCGUCAAGAGAGGCCACAUCGCUCCCGAUGAGGAGGACCUCAUCCUCCGCCUCCACCGCCUCCUUGGAAACAGGUGGUCUUUGAUAGCUGGAAGAAUCCCAGGCCGCACUGACAACGAGAUCAAGAACUAUUGGAACACCCACCUAAGCAAAAAGCUCAUCAGCCAAGGAAUUGAUCCCCGGACUCACAAGCCAUUAUUGAACCAUAACCCCAGCUCUUCACCAGCCCAUGUACAAGAUAAUUAUAAUGCUUCAACAUUCACACCGAAAGCAACUUACCCUAAUCGUUCAGUACCAGUGGAAGAAACCGGUGACGAGAACGAUCUGAAAGCGGUGGACGGCCAGCUGGGUCAGCCUCAAAACAGCGGUGUCCAAGCACACAACAACAAGAACUGGCAAAAUGUGGAGGGACUGAUGAUGAUGAACAGCCUUGGCCAGAGUUAUGCUGAUCAUAACUGCAAUAACGAGGACAUAUUCUCUUCAUUUCUGGAUUCGCUCAUGGAGGACGAGUACGCAAAUCAGUAUCACCGGGGUCCAACUGUCCACCCAGCGCAGUUUGUGCCCGCGGUUUCUUUGGCUUCCACGGUGAGCUUCAAUCACGGCAAUGCCACCUGGGAAUUACCAGGACUCAGACCUGAAACGGAAAGCCUUGGUGAUCAACAAAACGCGGUUCUAUACAAUAACCACCUACUGUGACACGCCGAUCGUGUGAAGAUUAAGGAUAGACAUUUCCUAAAUUUGGAUCAGCUCUGAUUAGACAGGUCAUGUUAUAUAUCUACAAUGAACAUCUCUGGUACUUGGUGCUCCAGUUAAGCUCAAGUGUCUUUGUUUUUCAAGCGACACUUGUAUAGUAGGAGAUAUUGGGUCUUGCUAUGCUGUGUUGUCAAAAAAAUUUAAGGAAACGUUGUUGUUUUACGUUCGCAGAUUUUUAUGAUAAUGCGUUUGAUGUAAUGCGGGCAAGUAUUCUUGCUAAUUUCUCUGCUCUUUUCUUGAUCUAUC